AUGAACUUCGGGAGAGAGAGGAAGCUGGAGUCGGGGAGGAAGGUGUACCUUGCGACGGAACUGGGGCUCGACCCCAAGCAGGUGGCCGUCUGGUUCCAGAACAGGCGGGCGAGGUGGAAGAGCAAGCAGCUCGAGGAGGAGUACGUGCGGCUCAGGUCCAUGCACGAGGCCGUCGUCCUCGAGAAAUGCCAUCUCGAGGCCGAGGUGGGCGCCCUUCUUCUAUUUUCCUUGUCCCCCUAGUCACCAUCCCGCUUCUUCCUGUCUGAAAAUUUCCUUUCUCGGCACGGUGGGCUUCCUUCUUCCCCGCUGCAUGGCUGGACCUUUCUGAGAACCAGCACUCUGAUGCUACUGCUGCUGCAUUUUCUUUAAAUGUCACAGACGGGAGUAAAAUCGGUCCUGCCUCCGAAAGUUAAAAUAUUCCCUUUUGCCUCAGCGUAAUCCAUAUUCGCGCAGGUGCUGAAGCUGAAGGAGCAGCUCUCGGAAGCGAGGAGGGAGAUGAAGAAGUUCUCGGCCUCGGGCAGCUCCGACGACGUGUCGUGCGGGGAGAGAGGCAGCAGCAGCCCGAGCUCCUCCAUCUCAGUGGAAGCCCAGCAGCCUCUCCUCGGGGAGCUCGGGGUGGAACGAGGCGCAGAGCUCAUGUUCAUGCACGAGUACUACUACGACAACUGUGUGAAUAUCAUGGACUGGCCCAACUUCUACGGGAUGUGA